AUGAGGACGCUGUGCGACGUUUGCGAGAGUGCGGCGGCGAUUCUGUUCUGCGCGGCGGAUGAGGCGGCGCUUUGUCGGGCUUGCGACGACAAGGUCCAUAUGUGCAACAAGCUUGCCAGCCGGCAUGUACGGGUCGGGCUGGCCGAGCCAAGUGAGGUUCCACGGUGUGACAUAUGCGAAAAUGCUCCCGCUUUCUUUUAUUGUGAGAUCGAUGGAAGUUCCCUUUGCCUUCAAUGUGACAUGAUUGUUCAUGUCGGUGGUAAAAGAACCCACGGAAGGUAUCUCCUUCUCAGACAGAGAGUUGAGUUUCCAGGUGACAAACCUGGCGGGGUAGACGAGCCAGGGUCUCAAAAGGUUAAUAUUGGUGAAGGGAAAAGAGAAAUGUCUAGUCUUAGACCGAAAGAUAAUAAUCAGCAAAAUCACCGGAUAAUUUCGAAUGAUCAAAUAAUGGGUAAUAAUGAUGAAGGAGAUGGGAAAAUGGAGAAUAACUUGAUUGACCUCAAUGCUAGACCUCAGAGGAUAUACAGACAAGCUCCAACUAACCAGGAACAAGUGAAUAAUUUGGUCGAGAACAAUCAUGGAUCCACUAGUGUAGUUCCAGAUGGAUACCUCAGAAGGGAGCCUGAUAAGUAA